AUGCGAAGUUUUGGAUGGGCGUUCGUUGUCAAAGCUCCACGCCCUAAAUUCCACUCACAAACUCCAAGAUCCCCAGCAGGUUAUUGUUCUAUAGUUGUGAACGACCUCAGAAAUCUACCAGAUUCUGCUACCUGUGUUCUGUCUCCUCGCACAAUGGCAUCAGUGAACAAUGACAUUAGGCUGGCCUUGGCCCUCGCCGUUGUCAAGGCUAGACAGUCAGAGACGAACUCAUUUCAAGUGGGACACCUUAAGCGCAAGAUUGAAGAUCUUGAAUGCACGCUGCAGCAGUACAAUCAGGUUCUUGGAGAUAUUGGUGACUGCCCAUCUAUCCUGCAAAAACUGUCGCCAGAGCUUCAGAACUCGGUGGCAAAAAGGCAAAAGGACUUGCUUGAUGCGACUGAACACACGAAAGAACAAGGGGAACUGAUAAACACCGACCAUCCUAGAGUGGUCCUUUUUAAGCACGUUCAACUUGUGUCAAAUAUAAGGAGACUGAAGGAGCCCGGUAAAGGGGCUUCUUCCAUCUGGCCCAGUGUGACUGAUGACCGAGGAUGGAUUACACAUGUUUUGAGAUUUGCUGCAGACGUAAUUGCCGAUUCUCCGGUUCAGAUGGACGGCCAGAAACAAACAUACAUAACCGAAGCCAUUUCGUUUGUAAGAGGAGUUCUUCGACACGAAGGAAAGUCCAGUGAACUUUGUGGACCUGUCACUGAGUUUCUUAAUUCUGUGCUGGGCAUGUUGCUGGAACCAGCAAAAGAGAUGACCAACUGGUCAUGUUGCGAAGAGAUUGAAGGCAUCAUACUUGAACUUGCUGAAGAGCCUUUCAUAGGACACCUGCUGCUGCCCAUGUUAACUGAUGAAAUACGGAAGGAGUUCGGUUUGGUGCACUCUGGCACCUGGGACACGGCAGCGGCUAUUGCAGCUGAAAGAUGUGGGAGACUGCUAUCACUUGUCUUCAAGAUUGUAUCAAGCAACAUGCCCAGCUGGACCUCUGUUAAUCAUCUUGAUAACGAUAUGCUCCUUGAGUGGAUUGCAUCCUUCCAUCACCUUCAGCAGCAGGUUCAAAGAGAAAGGUCACCUCUCCUACUCUUUUGUGUUUACACAGACAAGAUUAUUGCGUGUAUUCAGGACUUCAUUGACCAUCUACAUUCGUCCAACACACCAGACGGGGAUGUCACAGGUCUACUUGGGCUGCACUGCAAACUGAAGUCAGGAUCCUUGAGUAACAUUGCAGGCCUAUUGUAUUCUGGAGCAUGUUAG